CCGGCCGGCUCUCGCGCUGCGAGCUCGCGCAGCCCGCGACUGGCACGGACCAAAGUUAUCCCGGAAUAAGGAGAGCACGCAUGUGCCGUCAACCCGGAUGUAGAAUUUCACCACUUUCUUCGCCCAUUCCCCCCCACCACACCACCUCCCGCCAAGCGCGAAGUGACCAAAACACGUGCGGUUUGACAGAAGCGGCGCUUUGUUUCUCGCUCAAGUGGAGCGAUCUGGAGCGGGUCUAGUCCGGGUUAGUGGUUCUCCCCGUUUGGCCCGGAAGCGCCGUCCUGCCGCUCUUUGGUCUUUGCAACUCGCUCGGCUUGUCAGUCAGUCCCAGACAGGGGGGACCGUCCGGUCCAGUCGCUCGUUUUUACCAGGUUAAUUGUUUGGGGUGGAGGGGAGUGAAUAGGGCGUCCAGCGAUGCGAUGCGAUGCGAUGCCAUGGCAGCGCGACAGUGACAUGACACGAGACGAGACGAGACGAGAGGGAUGCGCGAAGUAACGAAGCGCUGCUCGGACCCUCGGCUUUGAUCGCUGCUCCCGAGUGACGGACGAAGGGACGGAGGGAAGGAGGGACACAUGGAGGGCCCCCGCAUGGAUUUCCGCGGCAAGAGGUACGAGCGCGGCAGCAACUGGUCGGACCCCGAGGUGCUGGAGCUGCUGCAGCUGUGGGCCGACGAGUCCGUGCAGCUGGAGCUCGAGAGCUGCCUGCGCAACCAGCACGUGUUCAACCGCAUCGCCGAGGUGCUGCGCGCCAAGGGCAUCCUGCGCACGGGCGACCAGUGCCGCGAGAAGAUCAAGAAGAUGAAGCUCGAGUACCGGCGCAUGAAGGAGAGCCACAGGACGCUGCGCCGGGGCCGCGCGUGGAAGUUCUACGAGGUGAUGGACCGCGUGCUGGCGAACCGGCCCUCGGUGUCCUACUCGUCCCUCGGGGGGGCCGUGAUCGCUCAUCAGGUGCUGCAGGGAGCCGGAGCCGCCGCUUCGGACGCGUUCCGCGUGCACAGCCUGCCCCCCGGCGGCUUCCUGUUCGGACCCGCGGCUAAGCAGGCGGACCUCUUGGAGAUCAAGUCCGAGGACGUGGAAUCCGAGGACGGGCUGAUGGGAUGCGACCCCCCGUCGGUCUCGGCGCCCCCACCGCAGCUGCUCUACCACGUCGGGUCGGAGGACGACGAGGAGGGGGGGGACGAGGAGGACGACGACGAGGAGGGGGGGGAGAAUAAUAAUGAGGAGGCGCGUGGAGCCGCGCGGCUCGAGCAGGGGGACAUGGGGAGGGGACAGCGCCCCCCCAACGUGGGCUUCUCCCCCUCAGGUGCCAGUGACCAGAACAUGGCCAGCUCCUCGGUCACGGGGUGGUCCACGGCCUCCGGGCCCCAGGCCGGCGGCGAAGAUGAGGGGGGUGUGGGGGAUCGCCGGGAUGGGGGCGGCCCCGGACCCCACGGGCAGCCACGUCCCCGGAAACGCCGGAGACAGGGCCGGGGCGGUGGGGGCGGAUGCCGGGGGAGGGGCGCUCUGGAUGAGGCGUUGGCUCGCUUUCUGGGCUGGCAGCGGGAGGCCGAGGAGCGGCUCCUGGCGCUGGAGGAAGCGCGGCUGGAGCGUGAGGCCGCCGCCGAGGAGCGCCGCGAGAGGCUGGAGGAGCGGCGGGCGGAGCUGGAUCGCCAGCACGAGCUCCGCCUCUUUACCCUGUUCACCGGCGUCCUCGGCGCCUCUCGCCGCGGGGGUAGCGCCGACCCCGAAGCGCCCUGCUGCGCCACAGAAAGACUCGCGCAGAGCAACUUCCUGUCACGCCGGGGCAACGGCAUCCUGCAGCACAGGGGCAUCCUUCAGGAGGGGUACAACCUGUGCCAUGAGGACAAGUACGAUGCGAGCGCCAACCCCAGCGGCAUCAUCAACAUGGGCACCAGUGAGAACAAGCUGUGUGACGACCUCAUGUCCAAGAGGGUGAGCGGGGCUCCCUUGGGCUUCCUUCGGGGAGGGGGGUCCAUGGAAAUCGUGAACAUCUGGGUUGCUGUGAUCAUCUCGAGGACCUUCAGUAUCGGCGCUGCUUCUCUAGUGACUCCCGGCCGAAGAUGGUGUUGUGCCUUAGACUGUAGGGUAACACCUGGUCAACAUCUGGGGGCUCCUGUGUCUCAGAGAGCCUUCCUCAUUUCCUCUCUCUCUUUCUCUCUCUCGGGGGUCCAGCUGAUGCAGGCCGACAUGCUGCACGUGGAACCUGCGUUGUUGCAGUACCCUGACUGGAAAGGCCACCGCUUCCUGAGAGAGGAAGUGGCCCGUUUCCUGUCACACUACUGCAAGUCGCCGAUGCCCCUGCAAGCAGACAACGUGGUCGUCAUGAACGGUUGCGGUUCGCUCUUCUCCUGCAUCGCCGCUGUGCUGUGUGACCCUGGAGACGGGAUGCUCAUCCCCACGCCCUUCUAUGGCGCCAUCACGGAAGACGUCCAGCUGUACAGUGGCGUCAGGCUCGUCCACGCGCCGCUCGACUGCCAGCCCGGAGAUGCAGGAGGUCGUCCUUUCCAACUGCGCGUGGAGAAGCUGCAGGAGGCCCUGGAGGAAGCGACGCGGGAGGGUGUGACCGUCAGAGCCGUCAUCGUGUUGAACCCCCAUAACCCGCUCGGAGAGAUCUACUCCCCCCAGGAGGUGACUGACGUCCUCGAGUUUGCCAAGAGACACGGGCUGCACGCCAUCGUGGAUGAGGUGUACAUGCUGACCGUGUUUGACCCGUCGGCCGAGUUCCGCAGCGUCCUCGGUCUCAGCAGGUUGCCUGACGCCCAGCGGACCCAUGUGCUCUGGGGCAUCAGUAAGGACUUUGCCGCGGCUGGGAUGCGCGUGGGAACCGUGUACUCGCACAACAAGGACCUCGUGGCUGCUCUGGACCAGAUGGGCUUCCUGCACGGCGUCCCAGGGCCCACGCAGCACCAGGUGGCGCGCCUGCUGCGGGACAGGGAGUGGAUGGACCGCCACUUCCUGCCGGCUAACCUGGCCAGGCUGCGGGCGGCGCACGGCUACGUAGCCGGGGAGCUGCGUGACCUCGGGGUGCCGUACCUGCACCGGCCUGCUGGCUUCUUCAUAUGGGCCGACUUCAGGAAGUACCUGCCGGAGAACACGUUCCAGGCAGAGAUGGCGCUCUGGAGAUGCUUCCUGAAGCACAAGGUGCUGCUGAGCUGUGGACGGGCCUUCUGGUGCAGCACGCCGGGCUGGUUUCGCAUCGUCUUCUCUGAGCGAGAGCCCAGCCUGAGACUCGGGAUGGAAAGGAUUAAAAAGGCUCUGGAGGAACAGAAGCGGCUGCUGAGGCCUCUGCCAGAAGAGCACGCGAGGACAGAGACGGGGGACUUUGACAUGGACAUCGCAGGAGACCAGGGGACGGAGGAAAGUGCGGCUGAGAAGAAGGCGUCAGGCCGGGGGGCGGAGCAGCAGGGCCAGGACCUGGGCGUGAACCCGCUGGGCCCCGAGGAGCGUCGACUGCCGGACGUCCAGAGCGCUCAGCCGUCCGUGAAGCUGGACGCGCUCAUCGGCACGCUGCGGCAGCAGAUCCGCUCCUCCGACUGGCUGGAGAAAAACACCCCGGAGCUGUCUCCGGGCGAGGACCCCGAGCUCUUCGACGUGUUCGCCGACCUGUUGAGCCGAGCAAGAAAGCAGUGAGCGCUUACGGAGGCGUUCGUCGUCUCACCAACCGUCUCAUUAACCUGUCCUCUUGUCUUCGGGGGGAAUUUGGAGAUUCCAUCCCGACAAACACCUUCAUCUGGCGACAUUCAGCGGGUCGCCGGUUUGAACGGGCGCAUCGCAGGCGUCGUGCCUCAGACUGCGCGCAGAGGGGCCCUUUGACAACCUAGCGGUGUGAACUCCGAUUACAAAGCGCUGUUUGUCUUUGGAAAUAAAUGCCUCGCUUGGAUCCUCAUGUGCUGCUUGUGCAGAA